AUGUCGCAAAAAUUAAUACAAUGGCUUUGGGGCGACACAACAAAAGAGGAACGCAGACUUGUUAGGAAAUUAGAUCGAUCGGCAUUUGCGAACGCAUAUGUAGCUGGACUUAAAGAGGCAGCAGGCUUGCAUGGCCGCCAAUUCAAUGUGCUCCUAUCGAUGACCUCUGCAGGCAUGCUUAUUGGGCAAAUCCCCAACAGUCUUGCUAUUCAGAAAGUCGCCCCACGAAUUUGGCUCCCCUCAAUGAUCAUCCUCUGGGCGGGACUGACAAUGGCCGGUGCUGGAUGCAAGAAUUUCACGCAGCUCUGCGUAGUACGCUUCUUCAUGGGAAUGGCUGAGGCGAGCACAUAUGCUGGCUGCAUCUACGUGAUGGGCUGUUGGUACAAACCGAACGAAAUGGCAAAGAGAACGGCUAUCUUCACGAUUUUUGGCCAACUUGGUAUCAUGUUUGCUGGUGCCAUGAUGGCAGCGCUCUCUCGCACCAUGGAAGGUCGCGCAGGUUUAGCCGGAUGGAAGUGGUUGUUCAUCAUUAACGGAAUCAUCACCCUUCCAAUCGCUGUCUUCGGAUUCAUAUAUUUUCCAGACACCCCAGAAAAGACCAAGGCUUCAUGGUUGAAUGCCAGAGAGCGGGAGUUGGCUCUUAGCCGCCUACCACCCAAGAAGGAGGGCGCGCAUAACAUCUCGCCCUUGAGCCUUGCCAAACGCGUUUUGGCACAUCCUACAUUUUACGUUUGCUGUUUCUUCUCUUUUCUCGCCGCCGCCUUCCAGUCAUACCCCGUACAGGGUUUGAUGUUACUCUAUCUCAAGUUCAACCAGAAGAAAGAAGGAUACACACAAGCUCAGAUCAACACCUAUCCUCUCGGCGUACAAGGAGUAGCCGUGCUCAGUGAGUUGGUUGUCGCCAUCGCCAUCGACCACUUCAAUCUUCGCGUAACAUCCGGUCUCGCUCUGUGCGCGAUUCAAUUGGCCUGCACGCUCAUGCUCCUCAUUCGCAACACCAACUCCAUGGUCAAUAUUGCUGCACUGUACCUAGCUGGCUCCGCGUACGGCAUCAACCCGCUUCUAUACGGCUGGUCGAAUAACAUCGCAGCAAAGAAUGGAGACGAUGCAGCUCGAGGUGUCAUUCUUGCUUCCAUGGUCGCCAGUGGCAUGUUGUUAUCUACUUUCUGGGGUAUCGCGCUAUAUCCCGCCGACGCUGCGCCGUACUGGCGUAAUGGUUAUAUCUCAAUGAUUGUCGUUAUUACUUUCAUCGCUUCAUGGCAAUUCGUUCUCCGUUGGCUUGAUCGUCGCACGUCACGGACUCGUAAGGAUUCGGAAGAAUCUCUCAAUGGUGAACAAGCCGUUGGAGAGCUUUCUGUUGAGGCGAAACACGGACGCAGUUCAUUGCUACAUGCCAACGCGUCGCCUUGUAGUCAAUCACGCGAAGUCGGGCUUUAGGGUCAAGUGGGGGAGCAGGCCUUAGAGGUGAUCGGAAUAUAGCUUCUUUGGG